AUGUUUCAUUAAAAAUAAUCAAAUAGACCUAUAUAAGAAAUUAACCAAGAAAAAUGCAUGAAUUGCAACAAGUAUAUACAUUCUACUCUGAUCCGUAAUCAUCAAGCAAUUUGUGCUGUGACUAUUUCCUAAAAGGAUUAAGAAAUGUUGGAUGAGCAUUUAGCUAUGCUUAUUCAAUAAAAUAAAAUAGAAUCGAAGAUAUUUAUGUCGCCAAACCCCCCUGAUACUCUUCAAUAAUUUACAAAUUAACAUCAAAAUUAAGUCGAAAAGAGGGAAGUUCCAGCUUAAAUAAAAAAUGUUUUCGAGUCCAAUAAUCCGAUAGCCUACUAAAGAGAUGUUAACUAUAGACAAGUAAGAAUGCAUUAAAAAAACCUAGGAUUAAAUAGUAUAUAAUGACGAUUUAAAAUUCUAAUAAAAUGAAUUAAAAAAAAAACACAACAUCCAUCCUUAAGAAUAAGCUGAAAAUACCACAUAAAAAAGGGAUUAAAAUCCAUAAUAAACCUAAUAAAAUAUGGUAUUUAAUACAGCCUAAUCUUAAGCUUAAGCUUUUAAAAAUUUAUAAUAAUGUGCUAUAUAAUAGGCUUAAUAAUAAGAUGUUGCUUAAGGAGAUCCCAAUUAUUAAAAAUAUAAUCAAAAUCAAACUAAUCUUUAAAAUUAAUCAGCAGGGCAUCCUAAAAUAAAUAUUUAGCAAAAUAGAAAUGAUUAUAUCUUCAAUAAUAAUUUAAAUUCUAGAAAUUUUCAAGUUGAAAAAUAAUAGUAACCAAGAGUUCAUUUGUAAACUAAUCGCAUAUAUUUAAAUGAAGAAUUUAAUCCGCAUAGAUAAAUAUCAGAAGAGAAGAAAAUAGAGAAUAGUUAAUUUGAUCCAGAUAAUUAAUUUAAUUAAUUCAAUUAAUUUAAUGAUCUAUAUAUUGAUUAAUUGAAGUAAGUUAAUCCAAUAAAUAGUCAUUAUGAAAAACAAUCACUAAAAGAUAAAUAAUACAAUUAAGAUGCUCAUUAAUAUCAUUAAAACCAAAAAAUUUAAUCCAAUUAAAAAAUUAAUCUCUCUGAUAACAAUUAGCUUAGAAAACCUAGAGUAUUUUAGCCAAUUCCAUUUGAAAAACCUCCAAAAUAUUAAUAACACUAUUAAUAAUAAUAAUAGUAGUAACCAUAUAAAUAAUAAUAGUAAUAUUAAUUUUAAUUCUAAUAAUAUUAAUAAGAACCGCCAUAGCAAUAAUAAUAAUAAUAAUAAUAAUAAUUGUAAUUGUAAUUGUAAUAAUAGUAAUUGUAAUAAUUGUAACAUCAGAAAUAAUAAUUAUAGUAGUAAUAGUAAAAAUAACAUUAAUAAUAGAUAUAUUAGGAAUAGUAGUAGUAAUAAUAAUAGCAAUAAUAAUAACAAUAAUAGUAAUAAUAAUAGCAAUAAUAAUAACAAUAAUAGUAAUAAUAAUAAUAAUAAUAGUAAUAGUAAUAGCAACAAUAAUAACUAUAAUAAUAAUAAUAGUCAUAAAAUCAAUAGCAAUAACAAAAUUAAUUAGGUUAACAGCACUAAUAAUAAUAGUAGCCUUAAAAAUAAGGUCAGAAAGAAUAACAUUACAACCCCUAAUUAUAGCAUGAUAAAUAUUCUAAAUAACAUGUUUAAAAUAAAAUUCAUUCAGAAGAAUCAAAAAAUAUUGAUUUUCAAAAUUAGCAAUAAAUAAUAGUUAAAUAAAUUAUUUUAGAAGAAAGGCCUCCAAUUUAAAAAGUUAGCAUUGACUAUAAAAAUAUCUAGAACGUUAAAAGGAAUGAACCUUAUACUUAUUAAAAGUACUAAAAUAAAUAAAGGUAUUUAUGCAUCCUUAUAAAAAGUUAAAAAUAACCUCAAAUUAGAUAAGAGUAAAAUAAAAAAAAGGCUAAUACAUCAAAUAAGAAUAGAUCAAUAAACGAAGACAUAGUUUAUAAAUAAUUUGAAUACAUACCUGGCAUGACUCUUACAGAUGACCUCGUGAAUUAAAUGUCUCCUGAAGAAAUUUAUGAAUUGUUUACUUAACUAGAUUUAGAUAAUUAAGUUGGACAUACAAGCAAAAUAUAUUUAUUAGAUUUUAAAAGAGUUUAAAUAAAUAUCACAGAUAGUUGCACUAUUUGCAUGGAUGAUAUAUAACCCCAGAAGGAAGCUGUCGAUGUCAGGCUGGAUUGCAAUCAUCAAUUCCACUAUGAUUGCAUCAGGUAAUGGUUGAUGAAAUAAAAAUUCUGCCCAGUCUGUAAGGAAUAUGUUGACCUUACGAAUUACUAAAAUCUUGAAUGAUUAAUAAAUCAAAUAAAUUAUUUUUAAAUUUGUA